GCGGCCGGCUCGGAGCGCGGCGGCUGCAGCGGCGGGGCGGGGGCCGGCGGGGCCCCGCAGUGCGUGGGCACCAUGGCCCGCUGGCUCCGCGAGCACCUGGGCUUCCGCAGCGCCCGGCCCGCGCCGCCCGCGCCGCCCAAGCCCGACUACCGCGCCGGGCCGCCGCCUCAGCCGCCCCUGCCGCCCGGGGGCGCGGCCGAGCCGCUGGCCGCCGCCCAGCCCGACAUCGUGGCGGCCUACCGGCUGCAGAAGGAGCGCGACUUCGAGGACCCCUACAGCGGCCCGCCGCCCGCCGCCGCCCCCGACGGGCCCCGCUACGUCUCGCCCAAGCACCGGCUCAUCAAGGUGGAGGCGGUGGAAAAGGUGCCCGCCAGCCCCUCGCCGCCGCCGCCGGUGCCGGCCGCCCCCAGCUCGCCCCCGGCCGGUCCCGAACCGCCCGACGAGCCGCCGCAGGAGCUGGCUGUUCUGGAGGACUAUGCAGAUCCCUUUGAUGCAGCACAGGUGGCAGGCAGCCAGGCAGGGCUGGAGAAGGUGAUGGAGAAUGAUGGAUAUAUGGAGCCCUAUGAAGCCCAGAAGAUGAUGGCUGAGAUCCGCCAGAAGGGCCUGCGGGAGGCUCCCGCACGGCCGCUGCCCCUCUAUGACACCCCCUAUGAGCCUGUGCUGGACAUGGACAGUGACUGCUCGGCCUGCCCCAGGCCCAGGGAGUCCCGGCUGCCCGAGGAUGAUGAGAGGCCACCAGAGGAAUAUGACCAGCCCUGGGAAUGGAAGAAGGAGAGGAUCUCCAAAGCCUUUGCAGUUGAAAUCAAGGUCAUUAAAGACCUGCCAUGGCCCCCGCCGGUGGGACAGCUGGACAGCAGUGAGAGCCCCCCGGAUGGGGAGCCCGGUGCCCCCCUCCCUGCUCAGCACAGCUACGAAGACGCCAAUGGUCCCUCGGAGGGGCUGGGCUACGGCCGCACCUCGCCCUGCAGGGAGGAGAAGGCCAGGGCUGUCCUCAGGCACGGCUCCAGCAGCCUCAAGAACACAAAGACACUGACAGCUGAGCCUGGCCCCUUUGUUGGGGAGAGGAUUGACCCUGCCCUGCCCUUGGAGAGCCAGUGCUGGUACCACGGGGCCAUCAGCCGGACGGACGCGGAGACGCUGCUGCGGCUGUGCAAGGAGGCCAGUUACCUGGUGCGCAACAGCGAGACCAGCAAGAACGACUUCUCCCUCUCCCUGAAGAGCAGCCAGGGCUUCAUGCACAUGAAGCUGUCACGGACCCAGGAGAACAAGUACGUGCUGGGCCAGCACAGCCCGCCCUUCGACAGCGUGCCCGAGAUCAUCCAUCACUACGCCAGCCGCAAGCUGCCCAUCAAGGGGGCCGAGCACAUGUCCUUGCUGUACCCGGUGGCCAUCCGUACCCUAUAGGGAUCACCCCCACGAGCCAGGCUCCAGGCUGGCUGCACCCAAAACUGGCCCAUCCCCAGGGCUGAGCGCUGCCGUGCCCAGGAUGGGCUCCAGGCCCGUGAGCGGCUCGCUGGGCACAGCCGCUGCUGGCGGGGAUUGCUGCAGCUGGGCCCCUCGUCCUGCUCUCCCAGGGGCUCCCGUGCUCUGGUUUUGUGCUGGCGUGGCACUGGAAGGACCCCCUGUGCCAGGAGCUGAGUGGGGCUGUGCACACCUCCACACCUGCCUCCUUGGCAGAGCUUGGCAUGCCAGGACUGGAGCUGGGACCUUGGAGAGUCCAGGGAGGGGGGCAGUGUGUGCGAGUACGGGGAUGAAUCAUCCGGUAGCAGGCUUGAGGUACCUCCGUGAGGGUGCCUGGCUCUGCCCAUGAGAGACAAAGCAGCUGUGCUCGAGGUGAGGAGGCUGGCAGGGGUGAGCAGGACCUGCCUGGGGCCAGUGAGGCGUGCAGAGUGCCAGGCAGGCUGCCCUCAGUGCCCCCUGCUCAGUGCUCACUGCCAUCCUGUGCCAAACGUGAACAGUGACCGGCCUUGGCCAUGUGUGCAGCACCACUGCCUAAUAAAGCGGUGCAUGGUUGUCUCCUG